AUGUCUUCAACUUCGAAGAAGCGCCCGAAACCCAAACCAAAACCGAGCCCAGAGUCUUCUCUUUCUUCCAUUGCAUCAACAUUGGAACCAUCCCAGAAUUUCUUUCCCUCAAAAGAAGAGUUCUCGAGGCUCACAGUAGUGCUGGCCAUCGCAGCCUCGGUCGCUUUGACUCUCAAUUUCUUGUCCUCCACUCUUAUCAACCGCCACUCCAAGCCCUUCUGUGAUAGCUCCCUGGACUCUCUGGACUUCCUCCCUGAUUCUUGUGAGCCUUGCCCAAGUAAUGGACGAUGUUAUCAAGGCAAGAUGGAGUGUCUUCAAGGAUUUAAGAAGCGUGUGAAGUUAUGUAUAGAAGAUGGAGAUAUCAAUGAAACAGCUAAGAAACUUGCAGAAAGGGUAGAAAUUCGUCUUUGUGAGGCACUUGCUGAAUUUUUGUGCUAUGGAACUGGAACAAUUUGGGUUGAAGAAAAUGAUAUAUGGAAUGAUUUAGAUAAGCGCGAGCUGCUGGAACAUGUUGGCCCAGAUAAUGCCAUUUAUAUGUAUACAAAAGAAAGGACAAUGGAGACUGUCAAUAGAAUGUUGGAUACAAGGACAAGUUCUCGUGGGGUCAAAGAGUUGAAGUGUCCUGACAUGCUAGCUGAACAUUACAAACCUUUUUCAUGUCGCAUUCGUCAAUGGAUCUCUGAGCAUGCGUUACUUAUUUUGCCAGUUUGUGCAUUGCUUGUGGGAUCAACGUUCAUACUUUGGAAACUCCGCCGAAGACGGUGUCUAUCAACUAGAGUUGAUGAGCUUUACCAACAGGUUUGUGAAGUGCUCGAGGAGAAGGCCUUCAUGUCAAAGAGUGUGAAUAGUGAAUGUGAGCCAUGGGUUGUUGCCUCUCGGUUGCGAGAUCGUCUUCUUUUGCCAAAGGAGAGGAAGGACCCUGUAUUGUGGAAGAAGGUAGAAGAGUUGGUUCAGGAGGAUUCUCAUGUAGAUUGUUAUCCAAAGCUGGUGAAGGGUGAAUCAAAAGUAGUAUGGGAAUGGCAAGUUGAAGGCUCUUUGAGCUCUUCAAGAAGAAUGAGAAGGGGUGAGGAUAGCAAGUUGAAGUCCAGCAGAGCCACAGAAAGUUCUGAACACCAUCUUCAAGCACUACAUGCUGUGACCAUUAUCACGUGGGCCAAGAAGACUCAGAAUGUUUUGUCCUUGAGAGGUGAUUCACAGGGAGAUUUCUGA